AUGUCUUCACAGCGCGAAGUAUAUACCUCUCCUCCUCGGACACCUCCCUCUCAGACAUCGACCGCGAAAUAUCGACCCAAACGGGGGCAUGCCCGACCUUCCAUUCGCGAAGCUUUCCCGGACGCGGCCGUUGAUGCGCCGCGAGCCAGCGAGUCCGGAGACGAUCGAGAUCCCCACGACCUGUCUCUAUCUCCCAACCAUGCCGUUCGCACGUCAAUCGUGGACAAUAUGCUUCUCUCCCUCGACCAGUUUGGCGCCCCCGAUUCUAUGUUAGACGACUAUCGUCUCUUCAACUCGGCCUUUGAGAAUGAAAUGAACGGCCGGUAUCGCGGUCAUACCUUUUCUUCGUCUCCGGUGUCCUCAGAAGCGGACUAUGGAUUUGAGGAUGGCAGUGGUCGCUAUGCAACAAUUACGGCCACCAAGGGCCGUCGAAGCAACAGCAGCUCUAAUUACCAAACAGGCACCCUGCAGAGGAGAGUCAGCAGUGCCCGCAGUCGGGACGCCGUGGGCUCUCGGAGUGGAAUGGUGCCAAGGCCCGGCGACGCUCGGAAAGGCAGUAAAGGCAGUUCGUCUGAUUAUACCUACACGGUGCCUAGGGGGCGAGCAGACUCGGGGGGCGUGAGUCGGCGCUCGGAAAGUUUUGACUGCGGCCCUAAGAAGUACAACAUUUGGGCUGAGCCCAAUAUAGCGCAGGAUUCGCUACUAUACGAUGACGAGGCGGCACCAACCCCCAGCGUGCCAGCGGGACCGCGCAAAAUCCAUGACUAUGGCCGAACUCCUACAGCUGCUGCAUCGAAGACCCCCGUGGCAUCGCGGCGAAACAGCAUGAAAUUGAAUCACGCUCCUCCCCCUCAGGUCCGAAAGGCUCGCCCAGACAACAUUGGCACUGGAGCUCUCAAGAUGGGAGAUGGUGACCAUCAUCUACACCGUGACACAGAUCUCGAUCCUCCUCCAGCCAUCCCGGCAUCAUUGGAUCCGCCUGCUCCGAGUCCGACUAUCUCCUAUAACAAGCCGGCAUUUCCUCACCCGGAACCGACAGCUACGGUUACAACUACCACAAUCAGCGCGAACCCCAACACAAUUUCAAACGCGAACACCAAAGAGCGCCCGGGAUUUUUCCGUCGUGUUUUUGGCUCAGGCAAGGCUGCCUCGCCGAGCCCAGGAGAAUCCAGCUCGAAUGUGAACGAUCUAUCUUAUCUGCAAGAUAACGAAAUCAAGGAUUCUUCGGGUGCGACUGCCAACUUGAAGCUGCGAAAGGAGCAGCCUCCCAAGAGCUCAGCUGGCACACCUACCAAACGCGAUGGGCCUCCUCAGGUAGUGCGGCAAAAGUCAUCGUUCUUCCGCCGGCGUAAGAAGUCCGUGACUGACAGCAACGUUCCUCUGCCGAUUGUUCUACCGCAGGAGCUUGCGUCCCACAUGAUGGAUUCCAUGAAACCAGAGCCGAGUCCGGUGAGCAGUCUGCGGCAGGUCAUGAAUCCGUACCUUGAUAGUGUUCCUGGGAACCGAGAAGCUAGGGAAACCCGCGACGGACAGGCACAGGUCCGCGAAUCUGUUUCUCUGCAGGCCCAAAGGCCAAGAGAAAGUGUCUCGGCUCCAGGAGGAAACCCAAAGGCUAAGCAGCAAAAUCUGCAGCCUCCCAGCUCUGUUCGUUCGCCACCGAUCGAUGGCCGUGGCCCUAAUGAUCACACCCUGGGAGCGGGAGAGGUGGAGCCUACCGCAUCCACCGAUUCCCCCUUGCAGGUGAAGAGCUCGAAUGCUGCCCCCGCCGCUCUGUCACCUGUCGUUGAGGGUUUCUCUCGCAAUCUGAAAGUAUCGACCAAGGUAACGUCCGCGGAUGCCUCUCGCGAUAGCUUGACAGAAACCAGCAAGUUGGCAAUUCCAUCCGAUAGCAACGUUCUUGAAUCCCCUGCCGCCUCGGAGACCUCUCACUAUCAAACUGCGUUCAACACUCCAGUGAUUGAAACAGAGGAGCCGGAAGCAAUUGACGACCCCGAAGAUAAGAUGGACGGACCGGGCGAAGCUAUCGAGGAUGGAGCUACCCCGACUGACCGAGAGCAAGCCCAAAAGCUUUUUGAUAAUCAAGACCAGGUGGGGGGCAAUGAGCCGGCAGCUGCUUGGCUUGGUGAUCCUGAUCGGGCUACGAUCCGGGAAGCUUACAUGCGACUGUUCAACUGGUCAAAUCUCAAUAUCUUGGCCGCUCUGCGUAGCCUUUGUGAACGUUUAGUUCUGAAGGGAGAAACACAGCAAGUGGACCGAGUUUUGGAUGCUUUCUCAAGCCGAUGGUGCGAUUGCAACCCGAGUCACGGGUUCAAAGCUACUGAUGUUGUUCACACCAUCUGUUACUCCAUACUCCUGUUGAAUACCGACCUGCAUCUGGCCGACAUCGACCAGAAGAUGACCAAGUCGCAAUUUGUUCGAAACACGAUGCCUACAAUUCAUCGCGUAGCAAUGGACGCCGCCCCGGAGGGAUUCGAAACAUUGCGACCCACCAACCGAUCCAAGACUGCGACUACUGGUUCGGAUUCGACACCUUCAGCACCCAGCUCUGCUCGUUCGCCAACGUUCCCCGGGGAUGUCAGCCGUAGCUCAUUGGAUAAUGCGGCUGAGGGCGAUGCCGGUCCGUUGGUCAACAACCCCUUUAUUGGCACUGUCAGAGCUUGGGAACAACAGGUAGAAGCUGUCCUAAAGGAUUUCUAUACCUCCAUUCAAAAGGAGAGGCUUCCUCUUCAUGGCGCACAGCCAGAGAAAGAGGUUUCUCGUAUGGCUUCUAGCAACUUCCUGGGGCCUUCCACAAGUACCCUUCGCAGGAGUCCCAGCACCAUCAGCAAGAGCGGAUCGGACAUCUUCCCCCGUGGUCGGUCAUCUGAUUCUCGUCACGGAGCUGCAAGAUGGUCAUCCAAGCCACGUUCUCGCGGGGCGAGGCUCUAUCCCUCAUCCAUUAUGGGCUCCAGCCGAACUAGUCUGGAUGACCAGUCUUCUGUCUGGAGUCCCACCGCGUCGAGCACAUGGAGUAAGUACUCGUUGAGUAAAUUCACAUCCGCCUCUGUGGACUCCUUCGGGUCCGAUUUCCCUCGGGGGGAUUACCAGCAGUCUAUUGGUUUUGCCAAUGCGCUGAGCCAGGCAAUCAUCCGUGAAGAUUCUGCGACCUCGAUCUACAGCUAUGAUGAACCGGAGCGGACAACACCCCUUCUCGAGGAUGAGACCCUGGCUCUGGCCGGUGCCCCUUGGGCCAAGGAAGGAAGCGUCAAGCACAAGCAUCACCUGGAUGCAGUGGACAAGCGUGCUAGGGAUCGCAAUUGGAACGAAUGUUUCGCUGUCAUCCAGCAAGGUUGGAUGCGGCUGUUCUCGUUCUCGAACGCAUCCAAGUCCAUGCGCCAGAAAGCGAAGCAGCGCGGAGGGGUUGUGGUUGGCGGCGGCAACUGGACGGAGAAUGCCGAGGAGAUCUGGAAAUUCAUGCUUCGCCAGACAAUUGCCAGCGCUCUUCCACCUCCUGGAUAUUCCAAAUCUCGCCCUCAUGUUUGGGCCUUGAGUUUGCCCACUGGCGCAGUCCAUCUCUUCCAAGCUGGCACGCCUGAAAUUGUGCGUGAAUUCGUCUCCACGGCAAACUACUGGAGCGCACGACUCUCCAAGGAGCCUCUUGUUGGAGGUAUUAGCAACAUUGAAUAUGGCUGGAGCGAUUCAGUCAUCAACAGCGCCCUGGUGGGUGGUGAAAACCGAUCCCCGCCGCCUUCUUCGGGGGCACACCGACCCAGCAUCCAGAGCUCGAUCCGAAGCUCUAUCGAUCAGCAGAGCGUGCGACCGAAGCUCCCCGCGGACCGGGUCAACAUCAGUGACUGGAGUCCUCCGCAGCAGAGCAUGGUGGCCUCCAACCUGACCGAAGAGGACCAGCUGAAGAAGCUGCAGGCGUACGUCAAGAACGUCGAAGAUGAUCUCCAGAGACACAAUGAGCUGCGUUCUGCAAUGACACUGGCCUUUUCGCCACGCCACCCCAACUCUGCGAAGGCAAUGGCCAACUGGGAGCGGAAAUCGUCGUACCUGUUGCGCGAGAUCGUUAAGUUCCGCACCUACAUCGACUCCCUCCGUAACGCAAUCAACCAGAAGGACAAGAUUCAUGCUUCGCCCAACAACUACUUCAAACCUCCUGCCGACGACGCCACGAAACCCGAGCAGGCUACUACCACUGCUUAA